AUCUGAUCUAGUUUUUUGUUUUGUCUGUGUCGUAACACGCGUCGAUACCGUUAACCCUUCGAGUACCGAGUCUCGGAAGUCCUGUGUGCCAGAGUCGUUUUCAUUUCCGACCGUUCCCGACUCGUACCAUUCUGACUCACCGAUCGAUCGUGUUCGCACGUGCGAGGGUUCGACGAUCGAGCCGAUGAUCUAUACGUAUACGCGCACGCGUGUAUCAUCGAAACUGGCGAACUAUGCGUAUGUACGCCGUACGUAACGUGUUCGUACUUGCAACCUGAAACGAGAGGUAGGAAAGAAAAGUCCGCGAGGGACAGGGCGCUUGGUGCGCGACGCGACGCGAGGAAACGCAUGGAGCAUGUUGUAAGAACGAGCAAGGGUACGUCGAACAAUUCGGUACGAAAACGAAGUUGAGAGUCGGCGAACAGACGACUCGAACGAUCUCGGUAGCUACCGGACGAGGGAAGAGAGAUAUGCAAAGCGAGUAAUGGAUCGCGGAUCGUGCAUGCUAAACGCGUGGUCACGCGUCACGUCCACCAUUGUCCGAUUCGUGGUGAGAAAGUCGGGAAGGGAUAAGGGAUACGGAUAAAUACCGCGUUGGGGUGGCUUCGACGCGAGUCGAGUCUGUCGGGGAAAAUAAUAUUCCUUCUCGAAGAGAGAAGCGAUUCGCCUUCGACCUGUCCAUUGUACAGAAAACAGUGUAUAAUUUUGAAUUUCGAGGUUCGAGCUUCGAGUUUCCGGAAAGAAGAAAACAUGCUCCUGUUGUUUGUCGGCAUUACGCUUUGUCUAUUUGCGGAUUUCGGUCAGAGUGGUUUUCCAAUAUCGCUGAAGGAGGAUCAUCGAUGCGACACGAUCAUGGAAAAGGUUGCUUCCGAAGACAGAGGCACGACUACGGACGAUUCGCCGUUCAAGUUGCAUUCGAUUUGGUUGUCGCAACAGUGCGAAACGCGCGCCGGGCCCGAGCAGGCGAAUACGAUAAGAAAAUACAGUUUCUUCGCGAACGGAACGUUCGUUCUGAUACGAUACCAUUACGCGGACGAGUCGUGCAGCAUCGCUACGUACGCCGUCGUAGCUCGUGGUUCCAUCGAGAUCACGUCACUCUCCGUCCGGAUCUCCGGUGCGACCGAAGCGAACGCUCGGUUGGACUCGGUUCAUUUGAUACCAUUCAACGGACAGGUAGUAGACUCGACGCUCGCGUAACUACGCGUCCACGGAAUUCUCUAG